GUGUGAACUCUCGAAAUCUCUGUUUCCUUGGGCCUCACUCUCUUUUAUCUUACACCAAAAAUGUCCGUCAACUUCGAAACGGACGAAUGUCGCCCAUUGCUUGAAAACGGCUCCCAGGACGGUGCUCCUACAAAUCACAGCGCAUAUAGUUCUGUGGCUGUCGCUCCAGCUAAUGGAUCCUCUCAGUCUAGCGAGGAUCUUGAGGCCACUAAAGAGAAAGAUGGUAACAAAAGAAUGGCAAAGUUGCUUUUCCCAGUGGGUUUAGGCGUGUUCCUUGCUGCAAUGGACCAGACAAUAGUCACCUCGUCCUAUGCAUCAAUUGGAAGCGAACUCAAACGACUGCAGAGUACAAGUUGGAUCGCGACUGGCUAUAUGCUUACUGUCACAAGUUUCCAGCCUCUUUAUGGGAAGCUGAGCGACAUUUUCGGGCGUAAACAGUGUUUACUCUUUGCUUUUACUAUCUUCGGAAUUGGUUGCUUGUUCUGUGGGAUGGCAAGGACUAUGGAAGAGCUCAUUGCAGCUCGCGUUUUAUCAGGAAUUGGCGGGGCUGGAAUACCAACCGUCAUCACCAUUCUGAUUUCAGAUAUCGUUCCACUCCGUUCAAGAGGAGCAUGGCAGGGCACAAUAAAUAUCAUAUUUGCAACCGGUUCAGCUAUCGGGGCCCCACUCGGCGGCAUUCUUGCUGAUGGAAUUGGUUGGCGCUGGGCCUUCUAUGUACAAGUUCCUUUGACAAUUAUUGCCUUCGUCAUUGUCUCUUUCGCUAUGCACUUACCCACCAAAGUGCAUCAAUCUGACCUUCUAUCGAAACUCCGACGCAUUGAUUUCUUCGGCGCGUUCACAUUAGUUUGCGGCGUGUUUGGACUGCUUCUAGGUCUUGAUCACGGUGGAAACGUUUCUUGGCACUCAGCAAUGACUAUAACAUCCCUAUCUCUUUCCGUCAUCUUCUUCAUUCUCUUCGGACUUACGGAGUUACAACUGGCGGCAGAACCCUUUGCACCUAAGCGAGUCCUCGCUCACCCGUCGCUUUUGGCUGCAUUCCUAUGCAACCUCUUCUGCUUCGGCGCAAACAUGUGUGCCAUCUUCCAUACCGCUUUAUUCUUACAAGCUGGUGGGGGUGCAAGUGCUGCCCAGGCAGGUCUCGGGAUUGUCCCAUCCGUUUUCGGUAGUGUUGUAGGAAGCCUUAGCAGCGGCUUGAUAAUGCAACAGACGGGAAAGUAUUAUUGGCUGACCGUUGGUGUCUAUGUGGCACAAUUUGCUGGGACGAUUGUGUUGACGACCGGGACGUGGUUAAAGGAUGCUGCCGUCAAAGUUGUAGUAGCAGGACUCGCCAUUCAAGCUCUUGGGAAUGGUUCCGGGGUGACAACUACUCUUAUUGCAAUUAUCUCUAAUGCAGAACAGGAAGAUCAAGCAAUCGCUACCGCCAUCUCAUAUUUGUUCCGCUCGAUGGGUUCCGUUCUCGGUAUAUCAGUUGGCAGUACACUCGUUCAAAAUACACUCCGCAAAUACCUUCGCGAGCGUCUCAUUGGCCAGGUGGGCAUAAACGUUGAAGACAUCGUGGAACAUGCUCGCUCAUCCCUUGAUUCACUUGCCUCCUUACCUCCUACGGUCCAAAAGAUCGUUCGAGAAUCAUAUGCUGAGGCUACCCGCGCCGCUUUCCUCUUUUCAGUCCUCCUCGCUGGACUUGCCCUAUUGAGCUCGUUCUUCAUCCGCGAAAAGUCGCUGUUGAGAAAAUCAGAAUAAGUGCAUAUUUGUGCACCAAAAUUCACCAUCCAAAAUUAGCAUCGCUCGUUCUAAGCCUUAAGUGCUUCCUUUACUACGUAUCUCCUUGUUAAUCAAUAGUCACUCGCUUCACUCUUCAUCCCCAAGUUUGUGAAUUCAUUUCCAGAUGUGCUCCGAUUUCAACAUCCAUUCUCUAAUA